GUCGGCUUGUGUUUGAGGGAGUUGGACUUUAAUGUUGAAAUAGCGUGUUACCUGUCGCAGCAAUAGACAGAUUCUGGCCUCAGCAGCAGUCAGUGGAUCCAGCAGCCAUGUCCUCCAGGCCCAAAGGGAGUCCACCUCCCUACGAGUUUGAUCAUGCGAACGCCGCCCCUUCCCAGCCGGCCUACUCUUACUACGCAGAUGACGAGUUCCAGCAUUUCUACCGCUGGACGUCUCCGCCAGGCAUCAUCAGGAUCAUGGCCGUCCUGGUCAUUGUGAUGUGCGUAGCUAUAUUUGCUUGUGUCGCCUCCACGCUGGCUUGGGACGCUCAGGGAGCCCUGGCUGGCUUUGGCAUCGGGUCCGGCAGCAGCUACGGGUCAGCUUAUGGUGGGAUGUACAGUGGGGGGGGGGGAGGGCUGGGGGACGGGAACCUGGGGGGAAACUACAAUGACCCUCGCUCAGCCAAAGGAUUUAUCAUUGCCAUGGCAGGCAUCAUCUUCAUCGCCUGCCUGGCCAUCUUCAUCAUCAUCGUUUCCCACCAGAGCAUUUCAGAGGCCAAGAAGUUCUACCUGGCAGUGAUUAUCAUCUGCGCCAUCCUAGCACUGCUGAUACUGGUGGCCUCCAUAGUGUAUCUGAUGGCAGUGAACCCCAUGGCUCAGUCUACCGGGUCGGUCUACGGCAUACAAAUCGCUGCCAUGUGCUCCCAGUUCCAGCAGCAACAGCCAUCAGGAGUAUUCGUCAACCAGUACCUCUACCACUACUGUGUGCUGGAGCCACAAGAGGCCAUCGCCGCGGUGAUGGGGUUCCUGGUCGCCGCCGCUCUGAUCGUCAUGCUUGUCUUCGCCGUGAAGACUCGCCAGAAAAUCCAGUACUUCGGCAAGAGCAACAUUUUGUGGAGGAAAGUGAAGGUGAUCGACGAGACUGACGCUCCUCAGGGUGUAGAGGACUGGGUGAACAACGUGUCUGUUCCCCCUGACGAGGUCCCGAUGUCCGAAUACCCCGAGAACCUACGAGGCUCCAGGAGUCACCUGGAUGACGACAGCUACUAUGACAAACCCCCCUACAGCUACAGCCCUCAGCCUCUGGUAGAAGAGAACCGGCCUUUGCAGAACGGGGCUCCCUACAGCAGUGCGUCGGAGACGGCCAGCUCCAUUGGAAAGCCCAAAAAGAGACGUGCGGGUCGGCCGCGUCGCGCUGAUGGACACGACGACACCGACUACAACUCGUCUGGAGACGAGCUGGACGACAACGACUUUGACAGUGAAUUUCCUCCAAUAGAAAAUGAGCAGGAGCGCACAGACUACAGGCGUGAAUUUGACCGGGAACACCAGGAGUACAAGGACCUGCAGGCCGAGCUGGAUGCCAUCAAUAAGAACCUGUCAGAGGUCGACAAAGAGCUGGACGAGCUGGAGGAGGGAAGCCCUCAGUACCAGGAUGCCUUGGAAGAGUACAAGAAGAUAAAGGACAUUAAAAAGUCUGCAGACUACCAGAUGAAGAAGCGCAGGUGUAAAUAUCUGAAGUCCAAACUGAACCACCUGAAGAAGAUGGUGAGCGAUUUCGACCGCAGGGCCUGAACACUUCUGAGGAGCACGCUCCUGUCUGAGGUGGGACAGAAGGGACUAAACCAGGUCUGGCACUGCUGGGGGGGCAGAGCUCCGCUGGUGUGUGUCCAUCACACGCCUCCACAGUCUACCUGAGCUGGUGAACACUAAACCUUUAGUUUGUACUUUAGAAACAGCCCAGUUACUUUUUCUCUUUUCUGUUAAUGCCAUUGUUUGUAUUAUGAGUGUCGCCUGCUAUCGAUACCGCUGUGUGUAUUUAUUAUGCCUGAUGUGAUCUGCCUGCAGCGGAGCUCGGUUACUGCAGUGAAGACAUUGAUUCAUAACUCCUGUUCGUUUUUAAGAGCUCUCACUGAAAUGACCAAACAUGAGAUGCUUCUUUUUUACUGUCUUUUAAUUCUUGUUUUCAUCAAUAUAAACAUGUACAUAUGUGGGAAAUACUUGUUGUAAAUUUGUCACUUGUGUGUGACUUUCAGAUUCUGUUUCCUGAUGAAUGGCAGAACAUGUACUUUAAAGUGAUUAGGCAUGUUUAAUGCAUAGCGCUG